UUUACUUCUUAACCCCUUCACACAUUUAUCGAUGCAACUCUACUUCCCCACACACACACACACACACAUGCUCUUCUUCACCUCUUCAUACACACACGCCUACUCCUCUUCUUAACUAUUAUAUAUAGUUACCAUAUACCCUAAUCAACACCAAGUGACCACUUGCCAAGACCAAAACAAUGAUGUUGCCGUAUAACGCAUACAACAGCUACCAGCACCAGUUCCCAUCGCCAGAGCUCGAAAUUCCCGAGAAGUGGAAGGUUCCCUACGGACACGACGAGACUGCUCCACCUUGUCCUCGCUGUGCAUCUUCCAACACCAAGUUUUGUUACUACAACAACUACAGCUUGUCUCAGCCUAGAUACUUCUGCAAAGGUUGCCGUCGAUACUGGACCAAAGGCGGCUCUCUCCGCAACAUUCCCGUCGGUGGAGGCUGUCGCAAGAGAAGCAGGAGCAGACAUAACAGUCACAAAAGGUUUGGUCAGAACGAGAAUCUGCAGCGAGAUGGUCUUAUCAACCAAGAUGAUGGGUCCCAGGCAAGCCAUGCUGGUUCUGUUAUUGAUCUGGCUGCGGUUUUCGCACAGUACGUGACUAACGGGAGCCCUUCGAGUACAGAUAACACUACCGGAUCUGAUCAAGAUUCACCGGUAACAACAACAACAACCAAUCAUGCUUUAGAUUCCUUGACUUGGGACAUCUGCCAAGAAACUGAUGUGAAUCUUGGAUUCUCUGGGACCGAGAAGAUCCAAGAUGGUUUUGGCCAGUUUCUCCAAGAAGAUGAAGAGGAGAUGUUCGAGUUCCAAGGUUUACUAGAUGACAAAGAGAUUCAAGAGAUCUUAGAUUGUUCAUUCUCGGACGAGCCAGACCAGUUGAUUUCCCAGGGGAGCUUCAUGAUCAAUGGUGAUCACUGGAGUUCAACAGAUCUUGCAACAUUCGGGAUUUGACCAAGAAGAUCAUUCCUUUCUAUUUAAUCAAAUAUACUUCAAUUAAUUACAUACUGAAAACGUACCAGUUACACGAAAAAGUCAUUCUUAUAUUGUUCAUUAAUUUACAUCACACAUGAACGCUCCCACGAGAUGGGAUCCGUGGAGUAGAGUACUGUAUAUUUUUACUGAAUAAUGAAUACAACUUACACUUUCUACAUAAGUAAUUUUACUGGCCAUGCUCUUGAAGUUCUUCUGCCUUGCCUUCUCUCCUUUCAGCUUUUGAUUUUGGAACAAACCUGUAAGUGUUAAAACUAAAUCUUAAUAGUUGUACUUCUGGUCCUG